AUAGGAUAACAAAAUCUUGGAGUAGGGGGACCGGCCGUUUUUCUGCCAAGUUUAUUUAUAAAGUCGCCUGAACACAAUUCAUUUUGUUUUGUAAUUUGUACGUGAAGGGUUACAGUGUCAAGUGAUUAGGUUAUCGUCUAUACACCAUGCCUGAAUCUCCUAAAAAGCCAGCUGUGCAAAGCAAAUCUAUACCAAUUAAACGAGUGUUAGUAAAGGAUCCUUCUGAAAUCCCAUCACAGUGUUCUUCUACACCUGGAGGAACUACAUUUUCAACUACACCGGGAGGUACCAGAAUAGUUUACGACAUGGAUUAUCUCAGGAAUUUACGCAACUCGCCUUUGUCUAAAACUCCACCAAAAUUUCACAUCCCUGAGCACCUUGCCAUUAGCAGCCCCAAAAGGAAUGCAGGGAGAUCUCAACAAAAAACCAAUGAAAUUGAAGAUCAAUUUCCAAUCGACCUUUAGUAGCCCGAUCACUAGUCUAUAUUGAAAAAAUGAGUUACUCCAUUCUGUUAAUGUUUACUUUUAAUCCUGCUUGUUGAUCUUCUCUGAACUUUGAAUGACAAUGUCCAAAAAUGCUGUGGUGGAUUAAGUACUCUUCCUCUUUUAAAUUUGAAUAUUAUAGCAAGAAUUGAUGAUAUUAAUAUUUUUUCAGUUGAUAAUUUCUACUUCUAAC